UUUGCAAGGAGCUAAAUAUUGCAUACCCUAAACAUGUGUGUAUACGUUGUACACUACACAACGAUCCAAAAAGUACAGAUCAUGGGAAGAUGCACGAAUUUCUGCCUACUUUAAUUCCAAAAUCAGUGUCAACCUGUAGCAAGAUUUUGGUACCGGUUCAAGAUGAGCGUAAUUGGUUCCUGCUGGUAGUUGACAUGAUAGAGAAGAAAACAUAUAUGAUCGACCCUCUCAGUAGAGUACGGAACAGACAUCAUGACGCUCUGAAAAGAAUGAUGCAAGAAGUUGGAAAGUGUCUUUCCUCAAAUAGGCAGAAUGGGCCUUUCAGUACAAUAGACAAGUACAUGCUGAUAAAGCGCAGGAUUACAACAGAUCUACACUCAUGCGACAGUGGUGUAUUUGUGAUUCGAAUGAUGGACAUUAUUAAUCUUACACUCAGGGGAGAAACUUUCAGCAAACAUAAAUUCCCGCCUCUUGAUAUGGAUGUAGAAGACUGGCGUUUGAAGAUGGUGGUGCGCCUCAUUCGCAGUAAGAAUAAUUCAAUUAAGGACAAGGUCAUCCAAAAUGCAAUUAGGGGCUCCUAACAUGUGCAGUUGUAAUGUUCUUAUUGUCAAAUACAAAGGAUUGUCAAUUUUGGAAAUGUUUGAAGUGUAGUCUGAGGUAAAUGUUUAUAGGCAUGUGCCUCUUAUCCUUCACUACUUUACAUGUUGAAGGGCUAUUUACAUCAGAUAGCUAGUUAGCUUCCGUGCAACGCACGAUUUUGUUAAUUGUUUUUUGAACACUUCGUUUAUUUCAAUUUCAA